AUGGCGGGUCGUCGUUUUCUGGAAACCGCCGGACUGAAAAAUGCCCUACUGGCACUCUUAUUAGUGGCUCCGGUCUGCUUCACCACUGGUCAAGCAGCCUCAAACGGAAGCCUUUAUUAUGCUUCAACGGCUAGUUUGAUGAAUAGAGAGCUUCAGCCAACAAUUGAGCCUGACUGGACCAGUCGACAGUGGAACUCUGUCCAGGAAUUGUCAAACGCAAUGCGUGCCUAUGAAAACAGAAGAAAUCCAAUAAACAGGACUUCUUUGCAACAAAACCGGCCAGAGACACUGAUGAAAAGCUCAAGGAUGUCCCCCAGGGAGAGGACAAUAAGCCAGCCACAACCAAGUAGCAUGUCACUUCCACCGUACGCUGGAAUGAAUAGAUUAUCACAGCCAGGGUACACAGACACCUUCCAUGCUAGUCCGGCUUUUGCAGAAAACACUGAUUACCAAAGUGUGCGUUCACCUUCAAACACCCCAUCUAUGGAGCGUGGGUCAUAUCCGCCACUCAUCGCCAGGAGUACCAAUGUUACGACUUCACAGCUCAGUGACAUGCGCAGCGGGCCUAAUAGGCUUAGUCGCACGAGCCCAGCGAACCUCAGUCGGUUGCCCGAAGUAGUUUACCGGGACCCCCAGACUACCAGGAUCAGCGAGCCAGGCCGCAGCACGAGCAGCUACAUGGGGAUAGCCGCCGAACCUGACCGCCGCUAUUCAGCCCGUUCCUUGCCACCGACGCCAAGUGCGCACAUUCCAGACACCGGCACCCCUCCCGGGGCUAGCCUCCCUGAGGCUGCGCAGAUGACCAUGGAGAAUGAAAAUACCGAAGUGCAAGGCUCAAACAGUCUGGGGCGGAGGAGAAUAAUGAACCCAUAUGACCUGUCGCACAUCUUUCCGGACAUCUACCAAGCAGAGCAGCCCCCCUCAUACGAAAGCAUGACAAACCAAAGCCUUGCUCUUCUGGAAAUGACGGCGCUCAACCCAUCCUAA